AUGAAUGAGCGCGAUGCCAUUACCCAUCAUGUUGUGGUAAUCUUUAUUCGAUAUGAAAUGAGCUAUUUGCUCUGUUUGUCUUUUCCUAAACAAGUGACUAGGCUGCUUUCGUUUACUGGGAAGAGGGACUUGAAGUGCAAGAAGCCUGCUUACAUGCUUCAUCAUCCAUCGGAUCACAGCAUAUUUGCAACCACUCAUCCAGGGAUGUACAAGUAUAUUCCUACGGAUAUCGAAGCUAUCAAAACAAAUGCUUCUAUGAAUCACGAUGCUGGCUUUCAGUUCAUUGUCGCAACUGCAGACGCCCAUGAAAUACUGAAAUGGUAUGUGUUAUGCGCACUCGAAAAAGAUUGCAUGGCACCUCAUGACGCCGGACUAUAUUGCGACUUCCAAAACGACCGUUUUAACCGAUACGCCGGUUGCCACAGGUACGAUCAGUCGGCCAUCAAUCUACUUCUGGCUAACUCUUAUGAAUACAACGCCACAAACUAUGUAAGCAAUCUUGGGGAUGGAGCAACGAUUGAAGGCAUUGCAUUAAACGGCCUAACUGAUGCGAACUUCUCCUGCACUGAAAGAACAACCUCUCAUUAA